AUGUACCAGGACGAGAAGAAGUUGAUGCAAGAGGCCGAGGGCCUUCGCAAGAUUGCUUUCUUCGGCAUCUGCAUCAGGUAUCCGUGCCUAUUCGCUUCUUGUCUCAAAAUGAUUUCUUUUCAGUACUGUGGCCACUUUGACUGCCAUCGUCGCCAUUCCGUCCCUGUAUAACUACAUGCAGACUGUCCAAUCCACCCUUCAAACCGAGGUACUCUUCUUUUUCCGCCAGCUGAUCUUUAUUUUCAUUUUCAGGUUGACUUCUGCGUCCAUCGCACCAAUGGUCUUUUCGAACAAUACGAGCGCAUCAAGGGAGUCAAGAAGCUUGUGAAGCGUCAAGCUGGAUACGGAAGCCCAGCCGAGUACUCCGCCGAUUCCGCCGUCUCUGCCGGAGCUGCCGAAGCCGGAGGUCAAUGCUGCUCGUGCGGAUCUGGACCAGCUGGGCCACCAGGAACUCCAGGAGAGGACGGACGCGAUGGAAACGACGGACAGCCAGGAGCAGACGGACAACCGGGAAGCGACGCUCCAGCCGAGGCCAUCCCAACUGCCGACGACUUCUGCUUCGACUGCCCAGCCGGACCACCAGGACCACCAGGAAACGAAGGGCCAAAGGGAGCCCCAGGAAACAACGGAGCUCCAGGAAACGACGGACAGGCCGGAGCCCCAGGAGCCCCAGGAAACGACGGACCACAAGGCCCACCAGGACAGGACGGAGCUGCCGGACAACCAGGACAAGACGGACAGCCAGGAGUCGUCGAGGAGAUCGCCGUCCCACCAGGCCCACCAGGACCCGCCGGACCACAGGGAGCCCCAGGAACCGACGGACAGCCAGGAUCUGCUGGAAAGCCAGGACAGGACGGACCACAGGGACCAGCCGGAGACGCCGGAACCGAUGGAGCCGCCGGACAGCCAGGAGCCGCCGGAGAGCAAGGAGAAGCCGGACAGCCAGGAGAGGGAGGCGGCUGCGAUCACUGCCCACCGCCAAGAACCGCUCCAGGAUAUUAG